AUGACUCCUCGAGAGCAAUGGCAGUUAUGAAAUGUUUAUAUUUGCAAAGUAAAUAAAUGAUAAGCAUGCGUUUUAUUAGGAAUUUUAAUAGUAUCAAAUAUUGCAGAAAACAGUUUGAUAGACAUUUUCACAUAAUGACAAAUCCUCUAAUUGCAGUAUGUCAAAUGACAUCAACAAAUGAUAAAGAAAAGAAUUUACAAACUGUGUCUGAAGUUGUUUCAAAAGCUAAAGCUAGAUCAGCUUGUAUUACAUUUUUCCCUGAAGCAUGCGAUUAUUUAGCAGAUAAUAAAAAAGAUGUAGUAGCUAUGGCAGAACAUUUAAAUGGACCAACAGUGUCUAAUUAUAAAGAAAUAGCAAAAAAAAAUAACAUGUGGUUAUCAUUCGGUGGAUUACACGAAGCAUUAACUGAAAAUGAAAAAUGUAUCAGUAACACUCAUAUUGUAAUAAGUAGCAAAGGUGAUAUUGUUGGGGUUUAUCGUAAAAUGCAUUUAUUUGAUAUGGACAAUAAAAAUACUGGUGUUAGGUUAGUGGAAUCAGAUUAUGUUUUACCAGGACAAAAAAUUGAACCACCCAUAUCGACACCAGUUGGCAAAUUAGCACUUAGUAUUUGUUAUGAUAUGCGUUUUCCUGAAUUAUCUCUUUCAUUGAGAAAUAUGGGAGCUGAGAUUCUAACAUAUCCAUCAGCAUUUACCUACCAAACAGGUGCUGCACACUGGGAGGUAUUAUUACGUGCUAGAGCUAUAGAAACACAGUGUUAUGUUGUAGCUGCAGCUCAAACUGGUACACAUAAUAAAAAAAGAGUAAGCUGGGGUCAUGCAAUGGUUGUUGAUCCAUGGGGAACAGUAGUAGCUCAGUGUAGUGAUAAAACUGAUAUAGCUUUAGCAGAAAUUGAUUUGAACUUUAUAAAACAAGUUAGAGAAAACAUGCCAUGUGAAAAUCAUCGCCGAACAGAUUUAUAUCCAAAAAUGGAACCUAUAAAACCUGUAGUUUAAUUUGCAUACAAAUGUAAUUUUACGUAUAUAAUAUUCUUUACCAUUUUUUUUUCCAUUUUUCCGAUACGAGGAAACGCUCGUGCCCGUUUCAUAGUAAAAGAACUGUUUGAAGGUAUGUAAAAAGUAUAUAGGGAUUGAAGAUAUAAUCAUAUACAACUUAUUUGAUAUGUACAUAUGUGUAAAUAAACAUUUAUCUUAUAUAUAUGUAUAAAA